UCCGCUCGCGGCCGGAGGGAGCCAGCGAGCCGGCCGCACCUGGCCGGAGAGGGCGGGCGGCGGGCGGCGGGCGGGAUCCGCGGGACCCGGGAAGCCAGACCCAGAGCCGGAUGCACCGCGAGGAGGAUGGAGUCUCUUGACAGCCUCCGGGGGCUGCUGUGACCUUUGACCAUCUGAUUCCAGAUUUUUUUCCUGCUCUUCUUUUUAUUUCCUCCCCUCGCCAUCCACCCAUCGUGCAGUCAAUGACUGACUCUCGCUCCGUUCCGAGAGAGGAGACCAUGAUUGAGUGAAGCCACCCUGUCUGCAACCAGGAAAAGCACAAAGAAGCACCUGCAGCAAUGGCCAAGCUGACAGAAUCCAUGACUAAUGUCCUGGAGGGCGACUCCAUGGACCAGGAUGUGGAGAGCCCCGUGGCCAUUCACCAGCCAAAGUUGCCUAAGCAGGCCAGGGACGACCUGCCGAGACACAUCUGCCGAGACCGGACCAAAAGGAAAAUCCAGAGGUACGUGCGGAAGGACGGGAAGUGCAACGUGCACCAUGGCAACGUGCGGGAGACCUACCGCUACCUGACUGACAUCUUCACCACCUUAGUCGACCUCAAGUGGAGGUUCAACCUGCUGAUCUUCGUCAUGGUUUACACAGUCACGUGGCUCUUUUUUGGGAUGAUCUGGUGGCUAAUAGCAUAUAUCCGAGGAGAUAUGGACCACAUAGAGGACCCGUCGUGGACUCCCUGCGUCACCAACCUCAACGGGUUUGUCUCUGCUUUUUUAUUCUCAAUAGAGACAGAAACCACCAUCGGUUAUGGCUACCGGGUCAUCACGGACAAGUGCCCGGAGGGGAUCAUUCUCCUCUUAGUCCAGUCGGUGUUGGGGUCCAUUGUCAAUGCAUUCAUGGUGGGGUGCAUGUUUGUCAAAAUAUCACAACCCAAGAAGAGGGCAGAGACCCUGGUGUUUUCCACCCACGCGGUGAUCUCCAUGCGGGAUGGGAAGCUGUGCCUGAUGUUUCGCGUCGGGGACCUCAGGAAUUCCCACAUCGUGGAGGCCUCCAUCCGAGCCAAGCUGAUCAAAUCCAAACAGACCUCAGAGGGGGAGUUCAUCCCCUUGAACCAGACGGACAUCAACGUCGGGUAUUACACUGGGGACGACCGGCUGUUCCUGGUGUCGCCUCUCAUCAUCAGUCACGAAAUCAACCAACAGAGUCCUUUCUGGGAAAUCUCCAAAGCCCAGCUGCCCAAAGAGGAGCUGGAGAUCGUGGUCAUCCUGGAAGGGAUGGUGGAAGCCACAGGGAUGACGUGCCAAGCUCGGAGCUCCUACGUCACCAGCGAGAUCCUGUGGGGCUACCGGUUCACCCCGGUCCUGACGCUGGAGGACGGGUUCUACGAAGUUGACUACAACAGCUUCCACGAGACCUAUGAGACCAGCACCCCCUCCCUCAGUGCCAAAGAGCUGGCUGAGCUGGCCAGCAGGGCAGAGCUGCCCCUCAGUUGGUCUGUGUCCAGCAAACUCAACCAACAUGCGGAACUGGAGACCGAAGAGGAAGAAAAGAACCUCGAGGAGCAAACAGAAAGGAACGGUGAUGUGGCCAACCUCGAGAACGAGUCCAAAGUGUAGUCCCCCGGCCGGGCCUCUCCUCCCCAACCUUUCCCCAGGCCAGCCGCCCCUUCUCCUGUCCCCACAACCUGUCCCCUGGCCAGGCCACCCCUUCCCCUGUCCCCCCAACCUCUCCUUGUCUCUCAUCCUCCUGCUUUCUGCCUCUCUUACUUUGUUCUUUCUUUAUUUGUAUUUAAUGUUGGCAUUACCGGAAAACAAAUCUUCAAGGUGUAAAAUCUCUGCCUGCCCUCCCUCGGCUCCUCCGAUUGCAGAGGUAGACACGGAUCUGGUUAAGGUGUAAGGCGCCCUCGUUGAUGGCCCAAGCCUGUCUCCUCCCUAAAUUCCACACACCCGACUCCCAGAGAUUUAAGCUACGUCCCUGCAUGUGCUGUACAAGACCAGAUCAGUCACAGGAGUGUGGGGAACACGUGACCUGGGAUACACAUUAGGCCCAGUGCCUGUUCAUUCCUGCAGUGAGACACGGAGUGUAGCCCUCACUUUCCUAGAUCCCCACACAUUUCAUCUCCAGGGCAGGUGCUUGCCCCCCAAGGGCAUCACAGGUGUAGGACCCAGGUGAGGCAAAGACAAAACACUGUACAUAUAUAUGCCUUCUGUAAGUAUUUUCUUUGGCAGUUAUUAACAAAACCCAGCAUGUACAAAAGUACUGUAGAACACAACUUCUAAAUAAUGUACAUAGAUAUAUCAUUAGUGUAGGUUUAGAUAUAUAACUUUAGAAAUAAGAUGAAAGAAACAAGAUUCUCACUGUACAGUAGGCAUUUCCGUUCCGAUGUCUUUUUCUGAAUUGCUUUGGUCCCAUUGACUGCUGGCCCUUUAGUGCAUGGCCUCUGUUCUGUGUCCCAGAUUGGCAGCCCAUUCAGGUCCCUCACUGUUCCCUCACUGAUCCUUUCGUUGAAUCUAAUAAGCCAUAGGUCUGGGGGGAGUUGGGAGGUCCAACAGAUGGCAAAACGCACCACCAAUACACUGAUAUACUGUGAAAUGUUUACAAACUGAGGCCUCUCGUUUAAGACAACCAGGGCCUCACUGACCAGCCUGGGGAAGAAUUCCCUGAGGACAUUCUCGGGCUUGUC